AUAAAUUAGCAGCAAUACAUUUGAACAUGGAUGUAUUACAGUUUGAUAAGCCGAUAUAUGUAGGGUUUUCGAUUUUAGAUUUAUCAAAAACAUUAAUUUAUGAUUUCCAUUAUAACUCUAUGGUUGAGAACUAUGGUUCAAACAUUCAACUGAUGUAUACGGAUACUGAUUCGUUAAUAUAUUACAUAAAGACCGUUAACUUUUACACGGAUUUGAUAAAUAAACCUAAUAUUUUAAAUCGUAUGGAUACUUCAAACUUAUCACCCAAUCAUCCAUGCUAUUGUGUCGACAGAAAAAAAUUACCCGGAACAUUCACUGAUGAGACGAAAGGACAAGCUAUUAGGGAAUUUGUAGCACUACGAGCUAAAUCUUAUGCAUAUAAUCUAGCAGGCGAAGAAAAACUCAAAGCAAAAGGUGUUAGGCGGCACGUCGUUAAAAAUCACAUGACUAUAGAGGAUUAUAAACAAUGUUUGUUUUGGGAUGGUUCAAUGGCUAGGAAUGCCAGAGAAUUGGCUAUUAAUCAGUUCAACGCUUUUAAAUGUACCGGUCAAAAAUCUUUAACCAACCAAUACACUCCAUAUCGAGUAAAUAUAUCAUUAAGAUCGUUCAAACAUCAGAUGAAAUCAAUUUCCACAGUUAAAUUGGCUUUAAACCGAUCCGAUGAUAAGAGGCUUGUGCUCGAGAACCAAAUUAAUACCAGGGCUCAUGGGCACUAUCGCAACGAGGAAACUCCAACGUUUGAUGAAACAGAAUUAGAUAGAUUUAACGAUUCUGAAAAAGAGUUGAUGGAUUUAUUGGUAGCUGAAAUACUUAUUUAAGUUAUUUUGCACGUAUUGAAUUUUCAAACUACUGUCACCUUCAAUUGUUUGCAUAAAUUCAAAAAGAUCGCGACGAGUUUCCAUAGUUCAGAUAUAUCUACAAAACGUAUACUACAACUUUAAAAAUGGAUAAUUCAUAAAUAGGAAACUAUAGGCAUAAACAGUUUUAUCUCGUAACUCGUAAUAUUGUGGAGUUUUUUAACAAAUACUAACCAUUAUUAUAUUUGUAAAAAAAAAAAAAUUUAAUCAACAUUACAUAUA